GUGUCCUUCUUUACCAAUCUGAAAAUCUGGUCACCUUACCUUUUACCCCCCCCCCCCUCCAUGUUCUCAGCCUCCUUGAUCUCUUGUAAAGAGGAGAAAAAGAAACUGCACAUGGCCAGAAACACUUUCCUGGUAUUACAACUCUGUAGGAGGUUGAGAAAGAAUCAGGAAAGAUGUGGAAGACAUUAAGUGAAGCAGCAGCUGUGUGUCUUCAUUGUCUUAAGGCAUUUUUCCAAAUCUGUUGCAGCCUGGUUAUUUGAUAUAACCAAUUAAGCAGAACUGCUGUGAAAGUUUUCCUCUCUUGAAACAGGUGUCUCAGGAUACAGCAGAGGAAACACUAUUCACACAAUACAAGGAAGAAGGGAUGGGCACUUUUGAAAAUGAAAGUGCUUUUAUCUAGGGCCUGUGAAGGGCAAAGCUUUAUCCAUCUGUUUACAAAUUCAGCACCAAUUUAACCAAUUUAGUUUCCAACUCCAUUCUUUUUUGUCCCAAAAAGAUAAGCGUGCCAUCCUAUGUGCUUAAAUAAUGGAGGGUUGGAUUUGGUGUAACAUGUGUCUAGACUUUUCUGGGCCAUUUAGUAGGGCUUUGAUUAAGACCAGGAGUGUCAAACUCUUGUCAUCACAGCAGCAUCACGUGAUGUAUCGGGACUUUUUUCUCCUUCGCUAAACUGGGCAGGGCCAGCACGUGAUGUAUCCAGUCUGCGGUCCCCGAGUGUGAUAUCCCUGAGUAAGACUUUGUAGAAUAAUUUAUGCAGAGAGGAAACAUAUCCAGGAAAGAAAGAGGCCCUCCACCUGAGCUUGAAGUGGGCUGGCAAUAGAGGAACCCUGGUUUUCACCAUCAGCCUGUUAAGCAUAUAGAGAUGUUUUGGAAGUUUUGCUUGGAGAACCUUAAGAUCUGGCUCCUCAUACAGGUAGUGUACUUGAUACCAAGAUGAAAUUCCUAUGAUUUCAUAUUGACAACUCUACUGGCUUUUCAGUGUGCUGAAACACUGUGUAGAGUUCAACCUCUUAAGCUGUCUGUGCUUUUAAUGUUUAAUCACAUGCUUCAGCAGGUGAACCCUGGGGCAUUAGUUUAGCAGGAAAUGUGUCCCGCCUGCAAAAGCUGAUCUGGCCCUCAUGCGCCCUCUGUGAAAGAAGGAAAAAGGUCUUAUAUGCCAGAGGGUGCAAGGCAGAUGCAGAGCAGGUGUGGUUUGCAGAUUGACAGGUGUAGCUCAAUAAAAUAAAAGGCAGAGUCUAGGUUUGUCUCAAUAAGCCACAACACAUUUAUUCAGCUGAAUAAAAAUGGGUCCCUCCUAAGAAGGAGGAAACCCUGAACACAGUGCAAGGCAGAUAUUUAGAUAUAUAAAUUGCUUUCACUUCAUUACAUAAGAAGCAACUGACACACGACAAAUAAGAUAUAGAAGUAGAAAAGUUAUAAAAAUAGUCAAGUAUGCUUUCUGUUGUUUUGGUCAUAUGCCUAAUCCACGGGUUAGUAUAGUUUCCUGUGAAGCUUUCCAUGGCCCCAAGGCCUUUUUAUGGCCUAUGGCAUUUUGCCUAGAGUUCUGUGAUAGCUUCCAGCCCCAAUUGCACUAGGCAAACAGUUGGCACUGUUUGUCUAGCUGGAAGAUAUGUUACACCUCUUUGAAGUGUGAAGAAAGGAAGAAAAUAUAUAUCGUUAUAAUGAACAAUUAAAGCAAUUGAAUAAAGUUUGGCUUACAGUCAUGAAAGGAUUCUACACUGGUCGGAAUUUACUGCAGUUUAUAAAACUUGGACAAUGAUAAGAGUUUCCACGGUUGCUGCUUAAACACAUUCAGUUUUGGGCAACCAUUGUGGUGUUGCUUUUCUCAUAUAACUUUGUUGAAAUUUAAAUUUAAACAUUUUUUAUUUGUUUCAAUUUAUUUUUAAUAGAACACAGGUACAUACAAUAAUUUGAUUUAGCUUCUGUGAGUGAAAGUUAACAUUUGCUUAGCUAUGAUUGAUAAUCUCAAUCACAAACAUUGAAUGUGCAUACAUUAUAUCUUGCUGUAUUGGCAUAUUGCCACAUUAUGAUUUUUACCAUAUGAUUUUUCUCUUAGAGAGGGAGUUAGGAAAUUCCAGACAAUCUCCCAAAAAGAUUAAUAUCAAGACAGGCAGUCUGAGAAUAAUGAAUAAUUUAGAAUGAUUCAAUGAACAAUCCUUCUGCCUAAUGUUUAGUUUGGUGACUGAGUGAUUAUGGGCUCUGUGUAAUCCAACAUCUGAAGUCAUUGGUUUAAUGUAGGCCAUAGAUGUCUCCUUGCUGGUAUUAAAGUGAAAUCCAGAAUUAUUUGAGCAGAAAUCCUUCUCAUGAGUCACAUCUGGGUGCUUUCCUCAACCACAUUUGCACUUACAGUAUAUGAUAGGAACUCUCUGUUCCUCUGGAUUAGCCUGCCAUGUUACGGUGACAGAGGAAGCAGCCAUGUGAUUCCCCAAACUUCGGCUGGAAUGUGGCUUGCUAACUCUUCUUUACAAAUACUUCUAGUUUAUGAUUAAUAUUGAUAUAUUAAUUAAGAUUACUAGUAUGAUUAUUAUUGUACUUUUACUCAAAAUUAAUUAUGCCCAGACAACAUUCUGUUAAGAUAGACAUGCAAUUAUUAUGUUUUUAAACAAAAAAGUACCAAUAAAACACAUAUUUUUUUAAAAAAAAACACUUCUGCAUAGCAUGGCCUUCUCUCAUCCCCAGAGCAUGAUCAUGGCCAGUAAUGCCCUUCUAAAGGAAUAGAUUAGAUAGUAACACAGUAGGGAAUCUUCUGUGCUUCAAAUAUUUUAUUAGUUUAUCAAAACAUAAAAUACAGAAAUAUAAAGAAAAAUGAAAAUAAUGGGAAAAUAAGUAAAGAAAACAAGUAGGUUAAAGGGAAGAAGAAAAAGAAAAUAAUUGGCUUCCAACUCCUUUUGGCAUAGUAGAAUAAAGUAAUAACAUACAAUCUCAACUUUUUAUUUUUGCUAAUGAUAUGUAGUAGUCAAUUCUAUAAUAACAAACCUAUCUAAUCAGCAAAACCCAAGUUCAAAGUUUCGUUUUUUUCCCACCUCAACUACAAAGUCCAAAAGCAAUUUCCAAGUAGAAACAAAAUUGUGUUCUUUUCUUUAAUCAAGCCAGACAAUUUAUGCAUCUCUGCUAAUUCCAUCAACUUCUGCAGACAUUUGUCUGUCGUGGGAAUCAAGCCUCCUCUAACUAGUUGGCCUUCUCCAUCUCUUGCAAAGAGGAGAAAAUCAAUCUGCAUAUGCCAAGAAACUCUUGUCCAAUAUUGCAAACUCCAUGAGGCUGAUGAAGCACCAGGAAAGCAAAGCAUCAGCUGCCUCAAAACACGGCAACGGAAACCAUAAUUGACACAAUAAGUACCAGGAGGAAGGGAGGAGCACUUUUGAAAACAAAACUGCUUUAAAUAGAAGACAUGCGAAGGACAUUUUAUCUACCAUACAUGUUUAAAAAUUUAGGACCGAUUUAGGUUUCAGACUCCAGUUUUCACCAUAGAAAGCAGUGACCUUUAACAGGAUGAAAAGGCAACAGAAUUUGACCACUUUCUUCAGCAAGAAACCAAGAUUGGAACAAUCAGAUACAAAGAAUUGGCCUUGGAUGAUCCCCUCUACUGACCACUUAAGUAUGAUGUAAGGUCCAUGGAAGUCAAUUUGUGACUGUGAACUGUGAAAAUAUGUGGCUGAAACAAUCAGAUAUAAUCCAUCAUAAUUGAAAUGAACAACACUGAGAGAGAUCAUCUUUACAUAGCAUUGAAUAAUAUUCUUGAGGAUGAGUUUGAAGAAUUUAAAUGGAGGCUAAAAUUUAUUCACUAUAAUGGAAAGGAAAACAUUCCUACAGCUCUAUUGGAGAAAGCUAAGCGAUUAGAAGUUAUAGAUUUUCUGAUUCAAUAUUAUGGAAAAGAUGCUGUUGAUGUGUGUAUCAAUGUCCUUCAAAAAAGCAAUAUAAAUGAUAUUGCUAAAAAUCUUAAAGAAAUGCAACAGAAAGUUGCAGAUGUUGAUGUUGAUGCCCACCAACUUAUAUCAGAUUACAAAAACUACAUUAAAAAAACAUUUGAUAAAAUGAAAGAUCCUAAUGCUGUUCCUGGUGAAUAUGUACUCCUGAAUCAGAGAUAUUCAAAAUUAAUCAUGCUAGGUGAUCACCAGUCUGAAGAGGAGAGAGAAGAUGAAAUUAUGGCAACAGGAAGGAAACAUGUUGAAAUCAUCAGCAAGAGAGCCAAGUCUUCAACCAGCAUUGAAGCAUUAUUUAACCCUGAUAAACGAGGAUUAAUUCCACAAGUUGUUGUACUACAAGGAGCUGCAGGAAUUGGAAAAACUAUGAUGGCCAAAAAAAUCAUGUUUGAUUGGGCUUCUCAACAACUUUACCAAAACAAAUUUAAUUAUGUUUUCUAUAUUUAUUGUAGAGAGAUGAAUCUCCAUGCAGAAUCAGAAAAGAGUAGCAUUGCAGAGAUAAUUUCAAAACAGUGGCCCAAAUAUCAUGGAAUGAAAAAUGUCAUUCGAAGCAUACUGAAAAAUGAAAACAAGCUUCUGUUCAUAAUUGAUGGUUUUGAUGAAUUACGAUAUUCCUUUGAUGAUCAGUGUGAAGUCUACUUUUGCACUGAUCCCUGGAAGGAGGAGCCAGUGAGAAUUAUUUUGAGCAAUUUAUUUCAAAAAAAGCUUCUAUCUGAAUCUUAUCUUAUAAUCACAACAAGACCUAUUGCUUUGGAGAAACUCCAUCGAUGUUUAGAGCACCCACGGUAUUUUCAGAUAUUGGGGUUUUCUACAAAGGAGAGGGAAGAAUAUUUCUACAAUUUUUUUGGAAAUAAAGACCAAGCAACUGAAGCUCUCAGAUUUGUGAAACAAAAUGAUAUGCUUUUCACCAUGUGUGUCAUUCCCCUUGUGAGCUGGAUCAUCUGCACAGUGAUGAAGCAGGAGAUGGAGAGAGGCAAGGAUCUGCAGAAGACACCAUGCACCCUCACUGCAAUCUAUAUGCUGUAUCUCUGCAGCUUGUUAAAGUUUACCAAAAAAAAAUCCAAACAGGAUGUCCAAACCAAUGUGAAAGGUUUGUGCUCUUUAGCUGCAGAAGGAAUCUGGAAACAGCAAAUAUUAUUUAUGGAGGAAGAAGUCAAGAAGCACAGUUUGGAUCAGGAACAAUCCCUUUCCCUCUUUCUGAAUGAGAACCUCUUCAAAAGAGACAUUGAUUGUAUUCAAACAUACAGCUUCAUUCACUUAAGCUUCCAGGAGUUUUUUGCUGCUUUGUUUUAUGUUCUAGAAGAAAGAGAGGAGCAACAUUCUGAAAAUCGGAAUAAACGUUUGCAGACACUGUUAGAAAGACAUAUAUAUUUUAGGACUGAUUUUGUAGUAGGAUUUCGCUUCCUCUUUGGUUUUUUAAAUGAAGAGGAAAGAAUGAGAGAAUUGAAAGAAGAAUUUGGAUGGGAAUUUUUUCCUAGUAAUAAAGUGUUCCUAUUAGACUGGGUGAAAAAUAACAUUAAAAAAAGAAUUUAUUUCAAUUUGCAAAAAGAAAUUUUUAGUUAUUUAUAUGAGACCCAGGAUGACAAUUUUGUAAAAAAUGCAUUAGAUGGUAUCACUGAAAUAGAUUGUCAGUGCAAUUUAGAUAUGGAAUUGAUGAUCCUGGCCUAUUGUAUACAACACUGCCAGAAUUUGAAGAAUCUCAAUAUUGAAAACCAUGCAUUUCUAUAUCAGACAGAGGAAGAAUUAUUAAUUCCAGAAAACGAGAAAUGGAAUUUGGAUGAAAGAUAUGUGGAGGGCUUUUUUAAAGCACUGACAGAGCUGAGACAUUUAAAAAUCCUGAGGCUUCCUGGAGGGUUCCUGACCAAAUCCUGCAGCAGGCAUCUUGAAGAAGUAUUCAGGAGAAAUCAGAGGUUGGAGAAGUUACAGUUGUCCCUCGUGAAUGCAGAUGGCACUGCAGUGGAAUUGCUGUGUGCUGGGCUGCAACAUCCAGAUUGUAAAGUAAAAGAACUGCAACUUUCUGAAGAAUCCCUGGCUGAAUCCUUCAGCAGGCAUUUUGCAGAAGUACUCCAGAAAAACCAGGGAUUGAGAGUGUUAAAGUUGUUCUUCAAGAAUACAGAUGGCAGAGCAGCAGAAAUGCUAUGUGAGGGACUACAAUGUCCAGAAUGUAAAAUAGAAGAACUAUGCCUUCAUAUAGAAUCUCUGACGGAAUCCCUCAGCAGGCCUCUUGCAGAAGUACUCAGGAAAAAUCAGACAUUGAGAGAGUUUGAGCUGUUUCCCAACAACACAGAUGAGAGAGCAAUGGAAAUGUUAUGUGAGGGGCUCAAACAUCCAGACUGUAAAAUAGAAGUAAUGCGACUUAAUGAAGAGUUCUUGAGAGAAUCCUGUAGGAGACACAUUGCAGGAGUUCUCAGGAUAAACCAGACCCUGCGUGAAUUAUAUUUGCAUGGUGACUGCAUUAGUGACAAUGAAGAGAAGCUGCUGUGUGGAGAACUAAAACGCUCAGGAUAUAAGUUAAAGCUACUAUGGUUGAAUGGAAAAUGUAUUCUGUGGAAUGGAAAAUGGAUGGACCACAUGUUUUGAGCUUCCAUUGUAGAUGUUUCUUCAUGUUUGCUCACUUGAUUUUUUUUUGGGGGGGGGUUGCAUUCAGAAUAUGAAAAGAAAGAGUUGGAAUUUCAUAUCUUUCAAGUGAAAGUCUGAAGAAUGUUCUUUCAGCAAGUUUAAUGUGAACUGAGGACUUUUCUCUCUUUUCAGAUGAAAAGCGCCAAGCUACAAGAAUGAAAGUUAAGAGAAUGAAUUUGGGACCUUGACAGGUUUCAAAAUAAAUACACAGACAGCAAUGUUGAACAAGGAUAUGUCUUCUCAGAUAGUGAUAUAUUGAACAAAAAGUUUGAUUUUAGAGUUGAGAAAAAGAUGAAAACCUUAGGGGUCAUGCUGACAAAUACAAAUAUAAAACUGUUUCAAAACAACUACUUCCCUCUUUGGAGGGAUAUUAAAUAGGACUUACAAAGUUGGGAUAAACUGCACUUAUUAUUAUUUGGUAGAAUCUCUGUAAUCAAGAUGAAUAUUUUACCAAAGAUGCUUUUUUAUUUCAGACAAUACCAAUAUUUACAACUGCCAAUUCAUUUAAACAAUGCCAGAAGGAUAUUUCUAAGUUCAUAUGGCAAGGGAAAAAACCAAGAAUUAGAUAUAAGCUACUGCAAAAUGCUAAGGAAAGAGAGAGUUUGGGCCUACCACGCAUGAAGUUGUAUUUUGUUAGCAGAUUUUGUUAUUUUUAUUAUUUUUUCCCUUCUACAACACAUUACAGUCAUUAUAU